GCACAUCAAACCCAAGGAUGGCAGCUCAGGUGGUUGGCAAAGCGAGAGUUCCGCGCCGCGCAAGGCUCCGUCAGGCCCAUUGUCCGGCUUACAAAAGCACCUCCAAGGCUUGGAGGGCAGGCAGUACCCCAGCUACAAAGACCUUUGUGGUGGCGCCUGGGAAAUAGAGCAGCGGUCCAUGAGCGUGUAUUUCGACCGCGUCCAAGGCGACGCCUACGCGCCCCCUUCCUGGAUCCGCACCCGGGUGCCUAUGGCCGCUGCAAAGUUUCCGCCGGAGUUUGUCACCGAGUCGAAGAUACGGAACACGGCGCUGUGCGAUUUUGUCACGCGCGUGCUCUCGGAUCGGUUACGCGGCGGCUGCGGCACAGACUGGACGAAGGUGGUCCAAGGAAGUGGCUGGUCGGGAAGCAAGGGUGGAGAUCUACAGAUCGACACGCCAGGGCAAUAUGUGCUGGAGCGAAGCAGCGUGGUCGCCAAGGCUGACUUCAUCGAGGCCAUCCUGUAG